AUGGCCGCCUCCGCAGAUUCCUCGAAGCCUUACAUUCCACUCGCCAGUCUGGCUCGUGACGGAUGGUCGACAGAUGAGGAAGCAACAGCUACUUGCUUUUGCGGCGCUGUUCAAUUGGCAUUUCCCACCCAAGGUCCAGGUUUAGUCCAAACCUUUGUCUGCAACUGUAGCGACUGCCGCAAGAUUACUGCAUCCAUGUUUGCCUCCAACUUUACCGUCAGAGAUUCGCAUUUGAGACAUAUCCGCGGUCAAGAGAAUCUCAAAGUAUUCAAGCAGUCUGAGACGAUCCUCAAGAAGAGAUCCAUGGCGAAUUACUUUUGUUCCACCUGCGGUACGCUCAUGUACCGUGUCGGCGAGGCUUGGCCUGGACAAAGCAUUCUCCGGAUUGGCACCGUUGAUGAUUUCAGCCUCCAUGAAACAAAGUUGAAGCCACAGCUAGAGCAAUUCACCAAAGACCGAGUAAGCUGGUUUCACGGUGUGGAUGGGGCUGAAAAGGCGGAGUCCAUGCCUUAG